AUGGAAAGUGCAAAUGCAGAGAAACAGCGGCCUCGUAGGCGGCCAUGGAGAAAGAGCACUCCACGUCUUUCACGCGGGCUGCUCUGCUGCUCAUGUUUGCGCGGUGAGGAGAGGGAUCCUCUGCAGCAGCAGGAAGAGAAGAUUAACGGGGACUCUCGGCAUCCACACUUGGAUCAACGGGGAUCAGGUGAGAGGGAGGCUAUCCAGAUUACGAUAGAGGAUCUGGGGAUAGUUAACACCAGCUUCAGCCUGUUCGAGGAGGACCCCCUGACCUCCAGCAACAGCACGGCCCGCUCAGCCAGCUCUGUGUCUGCCUGCCUGAGGGCUCUGAAAAAGAAACGACUGAGGCCUCUGUCUUCACUCCCUGUAGAGAUCCAGGGAAAACUGGCCAUCACUUCUACCAGUGGAGAAGAUGAAGAGGUGGACGACCCGCCAGCUCCUGGAAGCCUCCUGAGACCGCCUGUCAUUAAUCUGAUCCCACCCACUCCAUCUGACGUCGUUGACGACGAUCAAUUCUUUGACAUUAAUUCAGAAGAAAGUGUGGCAAAUACAUGUGGCAGUGGUGGAAGCUUUGAUGCUGGUGACCAGGAGCGCUAUGUGGAAAAGAUGGAGAGUGCUGAGGCAAAAGAGUCAACGGGGGAAUUCACACUGGCUGAGAAUAAGGUCAGUGCUGAUAAUUCAGCUGAGCCUGAAGAGGGCCUACGUGAUGAAUCUGGAGACGAAAGACAGGCUGUGACAUCCAGAGAGGAGGAUAAAGAGAAAACAAAGCCCAGGCUCUUACGUUGCGCCUACCAGGUGGCUCCUCUCCCUAAGUACCCUCAGAAAAGCAGCUUCAACACUGGGAUAAAUCUCUUGUCAUUUACUGAGCACAACUUUGAUGAACUGAGCAACAGAGAUGUGAACUGCUUCGACAUGCUGAAAGAUGAACUCUGCCUCCUUCCUCGCGCUGCCAACAUGGACACAUUUACUCAUCAAAGGAGGCCCAUAAUGCGCUCCUGCAGUCUUGAGGACCCGCUGACCAGGAGCUCCACUUUCCACACUUUAUCCCAGACUACAGACCACCAGGAAGAGGAGGGGCCGCUACGACAACGACGCAUAACCGUUGCAUCAUAUAUGCCUCAGUCUAAGGAUCAGAAUGGAAACUUCCCCGAGAAGGACGUGGACAGGCAAGUGGCCAAAUGUCUUGGGGAGCUGAACACAGAUGAAGUCUGCCAGUGGUUUAGCAGUAUUGGACUGCAGAAGUGUCUUCCUUUCAUCAGAGAUGUAAAACUGUGUGGAGCAGACAUAGCGUCGGUGGAUGUGAACACUCUGGACAUCCUCCACAUCGCCACACUGGAGGAGAGGGAGCAGCUACUGUCGGCCAUUUAUAAGGAGCUGCACCCUUCCAGCCCAAUCACCCAGAGACUCGACGCUUUGCUUGAAUCCUUAGGCCCUAACAAUGUUGAGACGUUCACUGCAACAUUAGUGUCAAUGAGCACAUCUAAGUCCUCUCCUCAUGUGAGCUGCCUGAGCAUGAAUCGCCGUUCCCUCAAGCUCAGAAACAACAGCCAAAACUCCAUGGGACAGAGGAAUGCUCAGAUGAUAGAGAUUACUAUUAAUGCAUCAGAGCGGAUCGUUCAUCUCCGAACCCCAAAGGAAACAACAGUGGGAAAAAUCAUGGAUUCGUGCAUCAAAAUGUUGGGAGUGACAGACGAUAAGAGCCUCUUCAUACUGAGAGAAAAGCAAGGUUCAUCAGAAGACCUCCCACCAGAUCAGCAGAUUGACAGCCUACUGACAUCGACAUCCGAGAACAGACAAUUGGAGCUGCACUUGUGUAAAACGGUCCAGGAGCUCCACCACGGCCUGGUGGCAUUUUGCUCAGAGAUAAAGAACAUGGAUGGAGAUGUGGAUGUAGACAGGCUGAGCUCCGCUGAGCUGAAGGAGAGGCUGGAGUUGGUUAAAAGCCGUCUGAACGACAAGAGGCAGAGCCUGCAGACCCUCAGAGACAACAUUAACAACUCCACUGCUCACAAGAAGAAAUUGUCUCCUAUUACUCUGUCCUCCAUUUUCUACUCCAAGGAGAAAGGUCGGAAAAGAAGUUUGGCCAUUGGUAGCCUGAGCCAGCUGGUGUCACCACAGUCUCCUGCCAUGCUGCUGGUUGUGCAAGAGAACCGUGACCCUGAUGGCCACUAUGGCUUCUCGUGUCGCCACAGAGAAGGCAGCGGACUAGUGGUGGUCAAGGUGGACAACUCUCACCUCUGUGUGGAUGACAGACUGGUGGAGGUGAAUGGUGUGCUGGUGGUCAACUCUACACAGGAAGAGCUGAGUGACAUCCUGCUCCAGGGACCCAGCGCCAAAAUUGUUGUCCUUCGCCAGCCCCCGCCCACCCCCACCUCCCAGCAGCACCCUCUGCUCCCGCAGUGCAUCGUCAACCCUGAUCUCGUGCAAACAAUCAACCAAGAACGGGAUGUGGUCAGCAUCGAAAGCCCUCCGCGACGGAAGGUGAUGGCCAUCUGA